AUGCUUCCCCUCGCCUAUCGUGCGUUCGGGCGGGCCUACGGGCCUCUGCUGCGGCCGCAGCGGCGCUUCGUGGUGAAGCUCGCUAAAAACACGGAAGAAUACCAUGCCUCCCUCAAGGCUAGCGAGAUUGUAGUCGCCAAGUUCGGCGCGAGCUGGUGUAAGCCCUGCCAGAAGUCCAAGGUAUUCGUGGAGGAGCUCAGUGAGGAGCACCCGGACCUUCUCUUUCUAGAGGUCGACGUGGACGAACUACCGCAGAUUGCGGACGAGGAGGGUGUAAAUAGCAUCCCAAUGUACAAGGUUUUCAAGUACGGCAAGUCUAUUGACGUGCACAUCGGUAAUUUUGCCGCGGAAUCACACUCACGUAGCGCAGGCGGUGACAAGCAACAGCUGAAGGAUCUUAUCGCGAAACACGCGUCGCAGUAG